CAAGCCCCGGACCCCCUUUUUUGUGUAUAUGUGUGUGUGGUGUGGAGUGUGAGUGUGCUUGUGUACAUAUAGAUAUAUAUCAUAUCAAGCCGCAGCCAUAUUAUUAUCUUAAAGCAACGAAGUAAAUAUAAAGAGGGGAGGCUUCAUGCGCGGCGGCUCUUCAAGAGCCCUUUAAGGGGCGUGUGCCCCUUUAAGAGCGUGAGGGAGAAGCCGCGGAGGAGGAGGCGGAGGCAGCCGAAGCACAGCCGCCGCUACUACUAUUACUACUGCUACUGCUGGCAGCACCAGCAGCGGGAGCGCCGCCAAGGAGACUGUGGGAAGGAUGGCAGACACAGACCUAUUUAUGGAGUGUGAGGAGGAGGAGUUGGAGCCGUGGCAGAAAAUCAGCGACGUGAUCGAGGACUCGGUGGUGGAAGACUACAAUUCGGUUGACAAAACAGCUACCGUGUCCGUCAGCGUCCAGCCAGUUGCCACCCCGGUGCCGAUUGUUGCCCACGCGUCCAUUGGCGGCGGCCUCCAGACCCCCACGUCCGUCAGCAGCAGCAUGCCGCCCAACAGCGACAGCGCAAAGAAGACGUUGGUGACCCUCUUUGCAAACAACAGCGCGGGCACACCUAUCGUCCAGCAAAGUGGGCAGCCUCUGAUCCUCACACAGAACCCGGCUUCCGGUCUGAGUACGGUGGUGACGCAGCCAGUGCUCCGGCCCGUACAGGUCAUGCAGAAUGCCAACCACGUGACCAAUUCGCCAGUGACAAGCCAGCCCAUCUUCAUCACCACCCAGGGUUUUCCUGUACGGAACGUCCGGCCUGUGCAAAACACAAUGAAUCAAGUUGGGAUUGUCUUGAAUGUCCAGCAAGGCCAAACCGUCAGGCCCAUCACCCUUGUCCCAGCCCCAGGGACCCAGUUUGUGAAGCCCACCGUCGGUGUCCCUCAGGUGUUCUCCCAAAUGGCCCAGGUGAGACCUGGUCCAACCAUGCCGGUCCGACCGUCCUCCAACACUUUCACGACGGUAAUUCCGGCCACUCUUACCAUCCGGAGCACAGUACCGCAGUCCCAGCAACAACCGCAAAGUAAGUCCUCUCCCAGCACCUCCACCACUCCUACUUCAGCGCAGCCAACAGCACUGGGACAGUUAACUGUACAACAGCCAGGGCAGUCCACUCAAGCUACUAACCCCAAAUUAGUGAGCAUUGCAAGUUUUGUUACAGUGAAGAGACCCGGGAUGACGGGCGAAAACAGCAACGAGGUGGCAAAACUAGUGAACACCUUGAACACCAUUCCUUCGCUGGCCCAGAGCUCUGGUCCCAUUGUGGUCUCCAACAACAGCCCCGCUCAUGGCUCCCAGCGAGUGGGCACCUCCGAAUCCUCAUCACAGAAAGUCAGCUCCUCGCCCAUCCCCUCCUUCGACUUGCAAGAGAGCGGGCGGAAAGUCUGUCCACGGUGCAAUGCCCAGUUUAGAAUCACUGAAGCUUUAAGAGGCCAUAUGUGCUAUUGCUGCCCGGAAAUGGUGGAAUUUCUGAAAAAAGGGAAGCCUCUAGAAUCUGAACCAAAUAUCCAAGCCCCCAAGCCCUCUUCCCCGGAAAAGUCGGCGGUCGUGGUUUCCCCGCCUUCCUCCACUCCGAUCCCUACGCUGUCGCCCUCGGCCAAAAUCUCUGAGCAAAGCGACGGCGUAAGCGACGGGGCGCAGAGCAAGCUGAUCAUGCUGGUGGACGACUUCUACUACGGCAGGGACAGCGGCAAGGCGAACCAGCUGCUCAACUUCCCCAAAGUGCCGACCUCCUUCCGCUGCCCACACUGCACCAAGAGGCUCAAGAACAACAUCCGGUUUAUGAAUCACAUGAAACACCACGUCGAACUGGAUCAGCAGAAUGGGGAGGUGGAUGUCCAUACCACUUGUCAGCACUGUUACCGGCAGUUCCCCACUCUCUUGCAUCUACAGUGCCACUUGGAAAAUGUCCAUAGUCCCUAUGAGUCAACCACAAAGUGCAAGAUCUGUGAAUGGGCUUUUGAGAGCGAACCAAUGUUCCUGCAGCAUAUGAAGGACAACCACAAGCCAGGGGAGAUGCCCUACGUCUGUCAGGUCUGCCAGUACCGUUCGUCCCUCUACUCCGACGUGGACACCCAUUUUCGAAUGGUUCAUGAGGACACGCGACACCUUCUCUGCCCUUAUUGCCUCAAGGUCUUCAAGAACGGCAAUGCCUUCCAGCAACAUUUCAUGAGGCACCAGAAAAAGGGGGUCUAUGGCUGCAACAAGUGCCGGCUGCAGUUCCUCUUUGCCAAGGACAAGAUCGAACACAAGCUGCAGCACCACAAAACGUUCCGCAAGCCCAAACAGCUGGAGGGACUGAAGCCAGGCACCAAGGUUACCAUCAGGGCAUCCAGAGGACAACCGCGGGCAGUGCCCCUCUCAGCCAGUGACAUGCCCCCAGGCCUCCUGCCGGACGCCACGUUGCUUUCUGCUUCGUCGGACCCCCAGCCCAACUUCCCAUACCCGCCUUUGCAGAGGAACAUCCAGAAGAAAGCUGUCAGGAAAAUGAGCAUCCUCGGCAGGCAGACGUGCCUGGAGUGCAGUUUCGAGAUCCCGGAUUUCCCCAACCACUUCCCCACCUACGUCCACUGUUCGCUCUGCCGUUACAGCACCUGCUGCUCUCGCGCCUACGCCAACCACAUGAUCAACAACCACGUUCCUCGCAAGAGUCCAAAAUACCUGGCCUUGUUCAAAAACUACACUGCAUGUGGGGUACGGUUGGCCUGCUCUGCGUGUGUCUUUGCAACGUCAGAAGGAGACGCAAUGGCCAAACAUCUCGUGUUCAACCCUUCACACGAGUUCAGCAACGUCAUUCUACGAGGUGGUACUACCUGGAUUUCCAAUUCAAGGUCUGCUCAGUCCUUUGACCAAGCCGUGAAGGCUCCAAGCCCCACAUACUCCCCAAGUAAAGCUGCUACUGUGAAUGCACCCUCUCCUCCGCCCGAGGAGGAGGUGGAGAAGGAAGUGGAAGCGCCCGAGGAAGUGCCCGAGGCUCCCAAAAGACCAACCGCCCCGGUGGCCCAGCCGGAAGAAUGCUUGACCAUCGAAGAGCAAGAAGAGGCGCCUCCUGCAAAGGAAGUCCCUGAACUGGCCAGCAAAAAGGAACAGCUCUCAGUCAAGAAACUCCGGGUGGUUCUCUUUGCCUUGUGCUGCAACACGGAGCAAGCGGCCGAACAUUUCAAGAACCCUCCGCGGAGGAUUCGGCGCUGGCUGAGGAGGUUCCAGGCCUUCCAAGAGGAGAACGUGGGCUCUCUGUCAGAGGGCAAGUACUUGGGUUUGGAGGCUGAAGAGAAGCUGGCUGAGUGGGUUCUCACCCAGAGGGAGCAACAGCUGCCUGUCAAUGAGGAGACCCUCUUCCAGAAGGCCACGAAGAUCGGGCGGUCCCUGGAGGGGGGCUUCAAGAUCUCCUACGAGUGGGCCGUCCGGUUCAUGCUCCGGCACAACCUCAGCACACACAGCCGCCGGGCGGUGGCGCACCCGCUCCCCAAAGAUGUGGAGGAGAAUGCCAACUGCUUCCUUGAGUUUGUCCAGCGGCAGAUCCACACCCAGGACCUCCCGCUCUCCAUGAUUGCCGCCAUCGAUGAGAUCUCCCUCUUCCUGGACGCAGAGGUGCUCUGCAGUGAUGACCGGAAGGAGAAUGCCUUGCAGACGGUGGGGACGGGCGAGCCUUGGUGCGAUGUCGUCUUGGCCAUCCUGGCCGACGGGAGCGUCCUGCCUACCCUCGUCUUCUAUCGGGGUCGUGUGGAGCAAGUCGCCAACGUGCCGGAGACUAUCAUCCUCGAGGUGAAGGAGAGCGGCUACAGCGACGACGAAGUCAUGGAGGUGUGGGCCGCCAAGGUGUGGCAGAAGCACAUAGAGAGUCAGAACAGCAAGGGCAUGCUGGUCUUGGACUGCCACCGGACGCACCUCUCGGAAGAAGUCCUCUCCGUGCUGAGCUCCUCCAGCACCCUCCCGGCCGUGGUCCCUGCCGGCUGCAGCUCCAAAAUCCAACCCUUGGACGUUUGCAUCAAACGGACCGUGAAAAACUUUGUGCACAAAAAGUGGAAAGAGCAGGCCAAGGAGAUGGCCGACUCCACCUGCGACUCGGACAUCCUGCUCCAGCUGGUGCUGUGCUGGCUGGCCGAGGCCCUGGAGGUCAUCAGCGACUGCCCCGAACUGGUGCAGCAGUCCUUCCUGGUGGCCAGCGUCCUUCCCGGCCCCGACGGGACGGCCAACACCCCCAACCGCAACGCCGACAUGCAGGAGGAGCUGAUCGCCUCGCUGGAGGACCAGCUGAAGCUCAACCAGGAGCCGCAGGACGACGAGGGCGACUCGCAAGACGGCCCUGCGGCCGAGGAGUCCGCCACCCCAGAGAUCCUCCACCAGCUCUUUGAAGGCGAGAGCGAGACGGAGUCCUUCUACGGCUUUGAGGACGCGGAUUUGGAACUGAUGGAAGUCUGAGCCUCUGCCUGGUCCGGAGAGGAGGAAGAAUUCUCUCUUCCUCACUCUCUCUUUUUUAAAGAAGAAAAUUGAUGUUGGACGAGACCAUUUUCACCUCCCUGUGGAUUUGUGGGUAUAGGAGAUUGGUAGGCGAACGUGCGGACUAAUAAUAGCCAUUUCCGAUUUUAAAAAUUCUCCGUGAUUAAUUUGUUUCUGGAUCUCCCCCCUUUUUGUUGAAUCACUGUGUUGCUAUUUUCCGGAGAGAUAUCGUGGGUGAAUUUUUAUUUUUUGGCAUUUUUCUUUACCUCACUGUAUUAUAGUUUUUUUUUGGGGGGGGGGGGGUCGUUGUUGUUUUUUUGGUUUUAUACUGUGCGAGAAAAGGUUUUUAAUUAUCCUACAUCAUCAACGUGACCUUUUUUAUUUCGGAAGAUAAGGAAGAACCAGUGUGUAACUAACAAACGAGUAUCUCAAAAUCUCUUUUUAAUUUGUUGUAACGUGGAUCUUUUUUCCCCUCUCUCUUCUUUUAACACCUGGACCCAGAAACGUAGUUUUCUGAAAUAACCUCCCCUCCUUUUUUAAAACGAUUUUUAGGAAUGAAUGAUUACCGUGUGACAGAUUCAAGACCUGCCCCUUCAAACGUCUUUAUUGAAAAUGGCAAUUCGUCGCAGGCGCUGUUGUAUAGGGAGCGAAGGGAGAAACGCCACCUGUUCGUCACCAGCAAAUGGAUCUUGGGACACAGUAGUGCGGUUGUUUGAAAGAAAGGUUAUGAGCUACUUCAAGGAACGUUACCUGGACUUUGAGACAACUGAUGUAACCGUCUCUUUUUUCAGCUAUUGGACAAUGUGUUCCUUUGAACGCCGCUUGCGGAAGAGCUCCAGCGACGGCAAGUUUUCUCGGCCGGUUGCUUGCGCACGCUAACUCUUUUACGGACCAGCAACUUGACCGUUUUGAAGGCAAAAAAACAACCCCGUUAUCCCGCUUCCCCCGGCCACAUCAAGACACUACGUUUCCCCGAACCGAGUGCUCCGAUCGAAACACGACGGGCACAAAACCUAGGGUUUUUUCUCUCUCUCUCUCUUCUUAUUUUUCACUGCCAGCUUACAGAGACAAAAAAAAAGAGAAAAUGACAUUUUUCUACCGUUUGCAUGUUUGAGGUUUUUUUUUCUUUAAAAAAAUUGUAACGUAUUACGGUCUGAAAAACGAAACCGUUUUGACAUAAAAGGAAAAAAGAAAAUAUGGGACCCUCUUCCCUGCACCUUUUCUGUUCUUUCCGUUGAGGUUUCGAGACUUUUCCCCCCCAAAAAACCCCCCCCGCUCCGCCCCGUUGACUCAAGGCAACCAGGACAAAAGGGUGGGCUGGCCUGUAAAUGGUUCAUCUUCAAAAAAUGUACAUAUGUGGAACAUUUAAUAAAGCCAGGGAAAUGGAUUUAUAAA